ACCCAAAUUGCAAUUCCACCCAAAACCAUUGUUAAUUCUUCUCACAAACACAAUGGUAUCAAUCUUUCGCCAAUACACAUUCGAUGACUCAUUCGAACAAGUGUUCGUGUCGAGCAAAUUUCUGAAGGAAUACCAAAUUGCUCUAACUUUCGCGACAGACUACGACGAGAACCAUGAUCCCACAAACGGGGUGUUCCUACCCACGUGGGAUCAAACCAAAGUAACACCCGAAUCAAUCAUACGGUUCAAGGAGGAACAUCCCGACGUAAAAGUCAAAGUGUUCGUGAGCAUUGGAAACCGGAGCACCCAAUUUCCCUUCAAACCCCAAGACAACAAUUCAUGGAUCGCCAAUGCCACCAAAUCGCUCACCAAAAUCAUAAAAAGCGAAGACUACAAUCUUCAAGUUGAUGGCAUCGACGUGUUGUACGAACAAAUCGAUGCCUCACCCAGUGACUUCGUAGAGUGCGUUGGGAACCUUAUAAAGAACCUUAAGGAAAGUGGGGUGGUGAGAGAAGCUUCCAUUUCUCCAUCUUUUUCUCUCAACAAAGACUUUUACUCGUGCUUGUACAGGGGUUUCUCGUUCUUCAUUGAUUGGGUGGAUUACCAGUUCCAAAAUGAGGUUACUUCUGUGUUCGAACCCAAUAACUUGGUGGAACGGUACAGUGAACUAGUGAAGAAUGAUUAUCCAAGAAGGAAAUUGUUUGUUGGAUACAGUGCGGAGAACGAGGACUGGGCUACGUUGUCACCCAUUGUGUUCUUUCUGGGUGGCAUGGACAUUCUCAAGAAGAAAAGAGGUGUUGGUGUUUCCAUUCAUUACCAUAAUUACUAUGCUGAAGCUCCCCCUAAGGAAUGAAUGACACAUCAUGCCAAAAUAUUGACGCAGUCAUGCUGAAGUACUCCACUACUAUAUAUA